AGCUUUCUAGAUGGCGCCGCUGGCGGUCGGGCAUCGCGACAUGCCGUACAUCCACGUCGAUGUCUGUCGUCGUUACUGGGAGACGGCGACGCCAUUACCAUGGGGAGAUGUCCACCUGCCAAACAACUGGCAUCUCUCCGCCGACCGCGUGCCGAUCCCUCCAGUGCCCGUGGGCGGCUGUGGCCGCUGCGUGGAGGUCAACCGACGGCGCGCCCGCCUCCCACCGGAUCUACUGGAGGACCUGAGGUACGCCAUAGAUUCGCCGAUGUGGGAUACGUGGCCCCGCGACAAGCACGACCAGCGGCGGCAAUCUUUUCUUGCCGAUCGUCCUCCUAGCCCGCGCUGCCCACGUCCUCCUCAUGCUGACACCCCUCCCAAAAUGCGGGGCCUUAGGCACGCGGCAUCACGCCGACGCCUUCUCCGUCCCCGUCCCCGCCACCGUCGCCGCCCAUGACCGAGGAGGAGGAGGCCCGCCUCAUUAGGCGGGUCAUGGAGGACUCCAUGUCCACCCAUGACGAGCGGCAAUGGGAUGGCCUGGAAUCCGCGCUGGCCCUCUCUACGACCGGCGACGUGGCCAUUCUUGAGUUGGAACUCGACGUCAAGGAGGAGGUACAGGAGGAGGUCGUGGAGGAGCCGUCUGUCACCGUGUGGAACCCAUGUCUGGUGGGCCAGCGGUGGAGCUGGUCAUGCACGGUGCCGGAGAUGGCCGACUCGGUGGGCAUCGGCCCAUGGUCAGCCACGCCGCAGCAGUCACCAUAGCAGGAGCAGGAGCCACGAGAGGAGGUGGUGCAGGUGCCGCCGACGCCGCCGGUCUGGCAGGGGCCGCCAGCACACCUUUGUCAGCCACCUCCCUACGUCGACCUCAUCAGCGAUGAUGACGAGUAGGACGGCGAAUCUUGAAGACGACGGCGGCCACCAGUGAUGGGCCUAUUUCGAGUUUUUUAUGUCUUUUAUUAUGUUUUAGUUUAAUUACGACCUGUGUUGAACUCAGGUACUAUGGACGUGUGGACGUUUAUGUUUAUAUUUAUGUUUUUCGUAUUAUGUUUUAGUUUAUUGUUAUUUUUGGGCAAAAAAUCGAAGUCCACAAACGCGGACGGUUUGGGGGCGAGGCGUGCCGGUUGGGCGUUGUCGGGGUUAUGAUACUGACAAUAUGUACUAGGGGUACGAAUAAGGGGCAGAGUCUAGCUACGGCAUAAGCGUAACACACGGUGUUUAGCGAGUUCAGGCCCCUCGCUCGGUGGAGGUAAAAGCCCUACGUCUCGUGCCCUGAGGCUUGCUUUGAUUUGAUAGAUAGGAUUACAGAGUUGAACGUUACAGGCUACAGAGAGGGGUGCGGCUUAUAUAGAGUGCGCUGCAGCCCCAUGUCACCCAUGCCGCCAGGCAUUUAAUGCCAUUGAAUGAGGCAGUUACUAGUGUAAUGAGCCUAUACUACAGUAGUUACAGGUAACGGUAGCUAUAACUCUAUUUAGUGGAUGACUUAGGAUUCCUCGACUGUUGCAGCUCCCACGAAUCCUUCUUGUCCUGUACAUCCGAGUGGUUGAUCGUCCGCCGAGUGACGUGUGGUUGUCCGAGUGCUGCGGAGCUGUCCGAGUGAUUCCUCUGAUGUACGCAUCCGAAUGCUGGCAUGGUCCAGGGACCUACCUAUGUUGGUGAUGGACCUCAUAUGAGUCCUAAAUGAUGGGUCCUUGACCCUACCUGUAAUAGGUGACCACAUCAUUACCCCCGAAUCGGUUGAGAUUUCGUGGAACUGACGAAUCGAUCCUUUCGGCUAAGUCCAAGUGCUGCGGGGUCACUCGAAAUAUGUCCCCGAGUCGUGAUUCCUUAUUCCUUGGGCGAAACGCAACGGAUUCUAGACCAUAAUUUUACCCAGGUGACCGAGUGUUGUUGAUCGUCGAGAAAAACCCGAUGGUAUUCGUUUUGUCUCUCUGAAGAGAUAGACUGGGGACCCGAGUGAGGGCAUGCCAUAACAACUCGAGUGGCGACGCCGGCGCGUGGUCUGAUUCUCCGGAGAGACGCCACUCCUUAUCCCAGGGGAACACCAGCGCAGGCCUCCUACGAGUCCAGGUUUACGAGUCAUGCGCCUUGGAGCCUACCGAGAGGGCCUAGUGAACCCGCAGAGGGGCGUCAAGCUCGUCUCAUAACGAUCCUGAAGAGGACUUCAGUCAGGUGUUUAACGUGGCCGAGUGCACGAAUCCCCGCGGAGGGUGGUCAGUCGGACUGACAUGCGUCCUUUAGGAAAGGAGGUGUGGGCAAUCAAUCGGAUUGAUUCGGCCCGGAAAUCACGAGAUUCGAAUUCGCGUGUUCGCGCGCUGAAGCAGUAACGUCGUGCGUUAGUGGGAAAGUAGGGGGUGCAGCUCCUCGAUUUGCGCGCAUGAUCUCCGCCAUGUGUCGUGGCUGUCCUGCGCAGAGCACUGCUGCGCGGGUCGUCGAUCUGUGGAUUAGCGGUGAGAGAUUCGUCUCGAGAUCUUGUCUGUUGAUAUAAAAGGUUAGAGGGCAGAGGUCCGGCCCUCAGAUCCCCUUCUUCUCGCCCUGACCCCUCCGCUUCUCUUCUCCACCCGAGUGCACGGCGAUGGCGAAAGGUUCUACUGCGAAGGCAGAGAGGGCGAAAAAGGCGGGGAAGGCCACCUCCUCUGGCUCGGGCGUGGCGGCCGGUGGUGCGUUAGGGGAAUGGCUCCCGUCGUGUGUCUCCGCAUGGCGCGUGGAGGAUUUGGUGGAGGAGGGACUGAUCCCACAUGACGGGUGGCGUCGGCCAGGCGCGGGAGAGAUCGAACCGGCGCCUGAGUUGGACGAGCGCGUCCUGCUCGUCACCCACGUCGAGCGAGGUUUCUCGAUGCCUCCGCAUCCUUUCUUUCGAGCAUUCCUUGAUUUCUUCAGUGCUCAACUCCACCAUCUUCCCCUAAUGCCAUUAUUUACCUUUCGGCUUUCAUCUCCCUCUGUGAGAACUUCCUGGGUUGCCAUCCCCACUGGGGUCUCUUCAAACACAUCUUCAUCUGUCGGUCGAUCUCGGUGAAAAAGGACUCGCCGAGUGGUGAGAAAACCCAUGUCACCCAGCUGUGCGGGGGUCUGGGCAUCCAGGUCCGUGGGGGGAGGUCUUUCCCCAAGAUGAGCUUCCCCGACUCCCUUAAGGGGUGGCAGGGAACCUGGUUCUACUGCAAAGACGUCCCCAGCGCCAACAGCCUGUCGGGCCUCCCGCCGUACUCGGCCGAGAGGGUACGAGCUCCACCGACCCUCACCUUAGAGAAGGAGGAGAAGGUGGGCGUCGAUAUAACGUUAAUAGGCAUUGUAAACGAUGGGGUGAACGGUAUGGACUUGUUGGAGACUUUCUUCAGUCGGCGCAUCCAUCCACUGCAGGCCAAGGCCCACCCUAUGUGGCUGUACGAGGGGCCAGGUGACUCCACUCGGGUGCAUCCUGAAGACGUCACGGAGAAGGAGCUGGGCACCAAAAUCAAGGCCAUCACCUGCGCUCGUGACAACCUGCGGGGGACUCGGUUGGUGCCGGCCUUUCACAAGGACCUGCCGCCCAUUGAGGACUUCCAGAAUUUGAUCUCCUGGAUCCCCAUGGUGGACCACUUGCCUCAAGAUGUGAUGAGUGACACCGAGCAGCAGUACUCGGAGAGGUCCGAUGAUGAGAGUGAUGACGACGAUGACGAUGAUGAGGAGAGUUCGGAGGAGGGGGAAGAGCCGGAGUCCUCCCCAUUUUAUGAGGCCCCUAAAGAACCCCGCUCCAAAGCGCAGGCGAAAGUUGGUUCACGGCUAAGCCCCUGAGUGUGGAGCGGAUCAUCACUCGGAUUUUUUUUAACUUAGGCGAAAGCUGGUUUGCGGCUAAGCCCCGAGUGUGGAGCGGAUCCUCACUCGUAUUAUUUUUUGAUCUUAGGUGAAAGUUGGUUCACAUCUAAGCUCUCUCACCCUUUCACCCACGAGAAGUGUGUUAGUUUCCGAAUGUUAUUAAUCACCUGAGUGAGAUGCGACCGAAGGUCGAACUAGACGAUAUAUGGAAGAAGUGAGACUUUUAUUCAUCUAAGUUCAUUCGGACUAACUAUUACAAGGGAGA